AAAAUAUUCAAAUGUAUAAUGUAAUUAAUAUAUAAUGCUAAUUUGUUGUGCUAUGCUAUUAUGUAAAAAAUAAAAUCUACUUAUUUAUACAACACGUCACGUUCAUUCAAUUGACCGGUAAGAAUAUACGAUAAAACAAUUCAAAAGCGAUGAUAUUCUAAUACUUUGUGGAACAAAUUCACUUUACCUCACCUCUCACGAAUCUAACUAAUCUUAUUGAAGACGUGUUUUUAAAGCUGAAUUUGAAAAUGCUUGAAUGUUUUUGCGGAAACCAUUAUUUUAGAAGUUACAGUCUUCCAAAGUUUGCGAUUUUACGUUUAUACGCAUACGUUCCACACUACUUCACUGUGUAUAAACGGAAAAUCGCACAUUUUGGAAGGCUAUAACUUCCAAAAUAAUGGUUUCCGCAAAAAAAUUCUAAGUUUUGAAAUCAGAGUGGAAAACACGUUUUUUAAUUUUUUUUUUUAAAAAAAAUCGAAAUUCAUGAUGAGGGUUAAGUGCAUUUUAGUCUGAUAAAAUAAACAUUUAGUGAAAAUUUUAAAAUAAGAAAAUCGUUCGAUGAAAUUUGUUAAUUUAAAUUAAAAUCAAAUUUGAACUUCAACCGCUUGUAAAAAUUCCUGUUUUUCUUAUUUUUGUUUUCCCUUACGAUUUUGAAAAAUUUUUAAUUUGCCCCGCAAAUAAGUAUCAACUAGAUUAGUAGAUUCAUUUUUCUAUCAAAAGAUGGUGAUGCAGAAAAUCGAAGCAUUUUCACUCUCAUAAAUGGUGAAAACAAACACAACAAUUUUUUUAAAAAAAGAAACACACUCCAUUGUAAAAUCAAUGCACUCAUCGCUCUUCUCAAAAUCUAAUAUGAGAAAAAAUUAUAUUUGCUUAAGCGCAUUCAUCUCCCAUCCUACUACAUUGACCUUCCUUCCCUUAUUGUUACAUACCUAAUAAACAAUUUUAAAUAUAUUUUAUAGGAAUUCAAACAAGAUGUGUUAGCAUUGUUAUCUGUUUUGAACACUUAAGAAAUAGUUUCAAUUACAUUUGUCCAAAAUAAUGACAAUGUAUCAACCAAUAUAAUUUGGAACGCUAUUUAUUUGCACGGUAACGGACCUUAAAAGUGAAGAGACAAAAACAGUCCAAUAUAAUAAGGUUUGCCAUGAUGACACCAGGUAGCAGCCACCUGCACCUCUAAAAUCUGAAAAUGUGUUCAAUAAAAGAAAACGAUUUAAAAAUUCAAUACUUCGAUAAACGCUCUGUCGAUUAUUCAUGUUAUUCAUAUUACGUACUUGAUGACCGCCAUCGAACAAUCGCUUUCCUUCGUACAUAAUGUAGGCACAUCGUAUAUACGUAUAUUCAUUCACAUUCAGUUGGAUUUAUCAGCCGUUAAACGACGUCGGAGUAAUGCGAAAACACAAUAACAAACACGCGCGUACAAAGUAUAUGCGGCUCGACGAUUAUACAAAUUACAAUGAGCAAUAAUGCGUUCUAAUGACGUGACACGUGACUACAGCUACAGAGUGUGAGACUGACUCAUUUUCCAAACAUCCCUCUCGACGGGGAAUAGGCGUGUAUAAUAUACCACAGUGAAGCGUCUUUUCUCGGAUAAGUUUAUUGUUAUACAAAGUCGCGUAUUAUAUAAUUAAGUUACGUACAAAGCAAUAUAAUAUUCAUAAUAUACGUCAAUUAUCCUGUAGGUAUAGGAAGUGCACGAUAGAGAAUAACUCGCGAACAUACGGAGUCUUAACUUCGGGUCGCAGCAGAUUCAAUAUACGUUUCCUUUCGUAGGUUUGUUUCUUGCCGAUCACUCAUAUCCCCGAUUCUGUUGUACUUUCGCACCUUCGGCUUGCAACACUUCCUUCCGGUCCGAACCCGUCCGUUCUGUCUUCUAUAUAAGUACCGACCAUGCAGGAAGAUUCGUCUGAUUCGAACGGCGAGGGCGGUUUGCUGACCGCUAAUGAAUACGCAUCCAACACGACCAAGCGACAAGUGUAUUUGGAAUUCUCAGAGUUCAGUCCGGCGCAGAUUCAAAAGAUCGAAGAUAUUUUUAACCAAUAUGAUGCAAACAAAGAUGGAUAUCUGUGUAGAAAUGAAUUGAAACGAAUGAUGAUCAAACGUCGAGUUCCAUGGACUGAAAACUCAUUAAGUCAACUGAUCGAUGAUGUGGACAAAGACAAAGAUGGAAAAUUGACUUUUAGAGAAUUUGUUAUGACAAACCGUAAAACUUUGGAGUACUGUCAACGGGCAUUGGCCAAACAAGAAAAAGUAGACUUUAAUAAAGUUGGAAUUAAAGGCGUAAGAGACUUCUUCGAGGCAAAGGCUAAAUAUUCCAAAUAGGUGGUGAAGCAGUUUUUAAAAAAUAUAUUAAAAGAAAACAUGUAUGUUCAACCUACAAUGAAUAGUAUCCCAUAUCCAGUGAAUAUAAAUUUGAUAGUUAUCUACAUUAAUAAUUUUGUUGUACAUAUUUGUCAAAUAAUGUUAAAUAUCAAGUUAAGAACAAUUUAAUUGUAUAAGGUUUUUAGACAUUUGUUCAUAAAAAUCAUCUUUACUACAACUGCAAUGAUUUA